AUUAUUUAAAUGGGUUCGCAGCAGGAUCUGGGACUCAAACCCUAGAAAUACCAAAAACUGAGAUUGUGGAUACUUUCAUGCUCUGUCCGCGAUAUGCUUUUGAUGCUUUUAGAUCUGUGAAUCAGCAAGUGAACGUGGGUCGCAUUGUUAUCAAAACCGCGAGAUGCUUUUGAUGCUUUCAGAUCUGUGAUAUGUUAGUCCUGUUAUCAAAAGUGCGCUAUGCUUUUGAUUCUUUCAGAUCUGUGAAUCAGGGAGUGAAUGUGAGUCGCAUUGUUAUCAAAACUGGCAUAGUUACAACGGAGAUUAUUGCUGUGUCGUAAUACAUCACUGCUGUGAACAUUUUUUCCUCAAACACAUCCCUGGUUCUCCGUUCUGCAACCACUUUCAGAUGGGUGUUGUGAGGGGGGUGAUAUUGGAUGAAUCAGUACUCUUGGCUGAAAGUGGUGAUGAUCAAACUGCAUCCACUCUACGACCAGGAACUGAGUCUCUCACCCGCAUACUCUUCCUGUCCAAAAUCCAUUGCGGAAUUGCUUAUGACUCGGGUCUUCUGGACGACAAGGUGAGUAUUCUUAAAAGAACUGCUGAUCUGUACUCACUUGAUUGCUUUGCCUUAAAUGACUCUGCAAGUGAGGCUAAGCCUGGAUGGAGUAACACCGAUGAAGGCAGUGUUAUUUAUCUGAUUUCUAAUAAGGAGUUCUCACCUAAGUUAAACCGCUAUAAUUGGCUUAUUGUUGUUCUGAAUGUUGGAGGCGAAAGUUCAUGUCACGAUCCUAAUAUACAUCAGAUUGAGAGCUUAGAAGAGUUGCCAUUGACCAUAUGCCGCAUAAAUAAGAAAUUAAUCGGAACCAAUGCUGUGACUGUGGGUUACACAAUGAAGCCUUCGCGUGUGGAAGAUUUUGCAAAGAGGGGUGCAUUUCCUUUGUGUCCUACUCAACAGGGGUUGAUGUUCGUGCCUCUCACAUCCAAUUUGUCUCUAUCAUCUCAGCUGAAGUAUGUUGACAUAGUUCUCCACAAAGCUACUGAUGAAAUAUUAUCUAUUGAAGACGAUAAACCUACUUUUACACAGAACAUGCGAGCAUUGCAGAAAUAUUUGGAUCAGCACCAGGAUAUCUGUGUGAUUGAUCCACUGAGUUACAUCUAUCCAUUGUUGGAUAGGCUAGAAAUUCAACAAGUUCUACUUGGCUUGGUAGAACUGAACACUGAAGGCAAAUGUCUCAUCAGAGGGGCUCAUUUUAGUAAGGUUGAUAACUUUGAUGAAUUUGAUUUUGCAACUGGACUAUCUGAAGCUAGAUUGUCUCUUCCAUGCAUAGUGAAACCUAAAGUUGCUUGUGGUGUCAGUGAUGCACAUAAGAUGGCAAUUGUUUUCAGGGUUGAUGAUUUUAAGAAUUUAAGUGUUCCUCUUCCGGCUAUUAUUCAGGAAUAUGUGGAUCAUUCAUCCACUUUGUACAAAUUUUAUGUCUUGGGUGAAAAGAUUUUCUAUGCUGUCAAGAAGUCAAUACCAAAUUUCGAUAUUUUGAUGAAAUCAUCUAAUGGUGAUGAGCACAAACCUCUUCUGUUUGAUAGCUUAAAAUCUAUGCCCACUGCUGACAGUAUCACAAGUAAUGAGUCUAUUGACCUUAAGUUGGUUACAGAUGCUGCAAAUUGGCUUAGGAGAAGGCUUCAUCUUACCAUCUUUGGUUUUGAUGUUGUGAUUCAGGAAGGUACUCAUGACCAUGUAAUUGUGGAUGUAAACUAUCUCCCAUCAUUUAAGGAAGUUCCUGAUGACAUCGCUAUUCCUGCUUUCUGGGAGGCCAUUAGAAAUAAGUUUGACUGUAGGAUGUCUAAAUAACUAUCUGUUUGAACUUUGUGACUAUUUGACACGGAAUAAUGUCAAUGAUUGCAUCAGACCAAUCGAUCAUAUCAAGCUGAAAUGAGAUUGAAUAACUCGUUAUUUCUUGUUUGAAGUUUGGAAUACUUACACUUGUUACGAAUGAUGCAGUCUAAUGUUUCUUCUGCUGUUUGAUGUUAUAUAACUUUGCAAGAAAGCUUUGGGUAUGA